AUGAAUGAGCUCUUCACCGUUGGCAUUGCGAACAAUCAUCUUGGCGGUCAGCAGGUUGGUGGCCUCAACUUCCUCUGCACAUUGACAAACUCCACAAAGCUAGAGUCAUUACAAUUUAAAUUAAACAAUUUUGAAGGGAACAUACCCGAAUGCAUCUCUAACAUGUCGACAACUCUCAUGACUUUCUCGUCUGGCGAGAACAUGAUAUCCGGAGGCUUACCAGGUACCAUCGGCAAUCUCAUAAACUUAGAAUUGUUUUUUGUGGAAGGGAACAACAUUUCUGGUAACAUUCCUUCUGAAAUCGGCAAUCUUGCAAGGCUAAAGCAAUUGUAUCUAGGUAGGAAUGAAUUCUCUGAAGAAAUCCCACACACCAUGGGAAAUUUAUCGAAGUUGAUCCACCUGUCUUUGCGAAGCAAUAGUCUUCAAGGAGCAAUACCUUCAUCUCUAAGCAAGUGUCAGAGUUUACUACUUCUCGACCUUGCCGGUAACAAACUUAGUGGGGCCAUACCUCCUGAAAUUAUGGAAAUCUCAUCUUUGUCGAUAUACGCAGACUUCUCCAGCAAUAAUCUGACAGGCAAGCUUCCUAUGGAGGUUGGAAAUUUGAAAAAUCUAGGCGCAUUACUUCUGCAAGACACUAGAAUCUCUGGAGAAAUCCCAAGUAGUCUUGGAAGCUGUAUAAUGAUGGAGAAUCUUUACAUGCAGGACAACCUUUUUGAAGGUUUGAUCCCAUCCACUUUGAGUAACUUAAAAGGGAUUCAAGAACUGAACUUAUCAAACAAUAUGUUGUCUGGGAAAAUUUCGAAAUUCCUUGAGGGCCUAAAUCUGACGAGUUUAGGUCUCGCGCUCAAUGAAUUUGAGGGCGCAAUACCAAUAGGAGGAGUUUUCAGGAAUGUAAGUGCAACCUCUCUCAUCAGAAAUAAGGAUCUCUGCUGGGGCUUAGCUGAAUUUCGACUGCCCAAAUGCAACAUUGAAGAAUCGAGGAGGGUGGGGACAAUGAACUCCACAAGAAUUAUAAUUAUUUCCUCAGUUUCAGGCCUUAUAGGACUGCUUUUGAUUCUCGUGUUGCUGUAUAUUCUCUGGUGUAGAAGGCAAAGUAAAAGUACUGCGUCCAAGUUUUCAAGAGAUGGGCUUUUGCAGGUUUCUUACCAAAGCCUGUUGAGAGCAACUAAUGGUUUCUCUUCCACAAAUUUGAUAGGCUUGAGAGGUUUUGGAUCAGUGUUCCAAGGAAUUUUUUAUUGGAAUCAGACGGUUGUUGCCGUGAAGGUUCUAAACCUGAUGCGGUAUGGAGCAGCCAAGAGCUUCAUUUCAGAAUGCGAGGCCCUGAGAAACAUUAGGCACAGGAAUCUCGUGAAGGUAAUCACUGCAUGUUCAGGCACUGAUUCUCAGGGAAACGAUUUUAAGGCCCUAAUUUAUGAGUUCAUGGUGAAUGGAAUCUUAGAUGGAUGGUUACAUCUAGUAGUCGAGACGAUUGAGAUGGAGGAAGAAGCCCCAAGACAGUUGAAUCUUCUCCAGAGAUUGAACAUUGCUAUAGAUGUUGCUUCUGCUUUAGAUUAUCUCCAUAAUCAGUGCAAUGUGCCCAUAGUCCACUGCGAUCUAAAGCCAAGCAAUGUUCUACUAGAUGACGAAAUGACUGCGCAUGAAGGCGAUUUUGGAUUAGUCAGGUUCAUGCCAGAAGCAACAAAGGAGUCAGUUGUUGAUCCCAGUAGCUCAAUUAGUGUGAAAGGAUCUUUUGGCUAUAUUGCUCCUGAAUACGGAGCAGGAGGAGACGUAUCAACUCAUGGGGAUGUCUAUAGCUAUGGGAUUCUCGUACUGGAGAUGUUCACUGGGAAGAGGCGAACCGAUGAAAUGUUCACAGACGGAUUGAACCUUCAUUUGUUUGCUAAUGCAGCAUUACCCGAACAAAUUUCUCAGGUUAUUGAUUCCUUCUUGCUACAAGAGUGUCGAGGCAUGGAGAGCAGUUCGAACAACAUAAGAUCAAGGAGGCAUAGAAACAAAUUCCAAAAGAUUCAAGAAUGUCUGGUCUCAAUCAUCAGGCAGGGAGUUGUUUGCUCCUCCGAGUGCCCCCAAGACCGUAUGAACGUCGCUGAUGUCGCAGCUACACUCCGUGUGAUUCAAAAGGAGCUUCUUCAAGCUGUUAACCAAUGA